GACUAUCCCCAGAUCCUUCCUAGCCGCAGCUGAUCACUGGCGAUCUGAGCAUCCCGAGGGCUGCAGCCGGAGACUCAGGCACCCGAUACCUCUCCUGCUGGACACAGCGCUGGAUGCUUAAUUAAACACUGGCAUGAUAGAAUUCCCCCCCUAAAUGCUGGACAUUGGGAUCUAUUUACUAAGCCUUGGAGAGAGUUAAAGUGGACGGAAAUAAAGUACCAACCAGUGAUAAGUGAUAAAUUGCACGGUGAUUUAAGUACCAACCAACCAGCUCCUACAUUCCUGUCUGAUUCUUGCUUUUGUUCCUGCCUCACCGUCCGACUACAGCAUCCGGAUAAAGAGGUGACGCGCUUUUGAUAUCUGCAGUUCUACAGAGUUCGACGCUUCAACGGAAAGAAGGACACUGACUACUGCAAGGGGUGUCUGGCUGGAGGAAGUAUGACAGACAAGAGGCAGGAUGAGCCCAAGCCACCCCACUGGGCACCAGGACAGCUCACUGAAGCUUCACCCCUCCCCCACGCCACAGACAUGAAAGAACAAGGAGGAUCGGGCGCUGCGAUGGUCCACAGCUCAAAUGGCAUUCCCUUCCGAGAGAUAGGGGGUACAGCAUAUGGGGAGCAGGCUCUCCAAGCAUCCCAUCCCACAAGCAAGGAGAAUGGCAUUAAUGGAGAGAUACCGUCUGCAGAUUCAGAAACUGCAGAGGAGGUAUCUGCGCGAAUAGUCCAAGUAGUAACUGCUGACGCUGUAGCCGUCCUGAGAGGUGAACAGGAGAAAGGAGUCCAACUCACGGUCCGGUCAGGAGAUCUGCCUUUAGCUGUCGAAGAUACGACCAACCUGCCGCCUUCCCCUCCCCCUUCACCAGCAUCAGAACAGAUGGGAAUGGUGGAGGAAGAAGAGAGAGUUAAGGGUCCUGUGCCUGAGGAAGAAGAGGAGACAGCUCAGGGGGGAGAAACCAGAUCACCUGAGUCCUCCAUCGUGGGGCUCAGCAAGGUCCAAUCAGAUUCAGGCUCUGAUGUCGCGCGACACCAGGAAGAAAGUGUUGUGUGCGAAAUAACUGAUGACACAAAUGCUGCAGAAAGUGAAAGAGAAUCCUCUGCUGUUGUUUUGCCUUCCUUACCAGAGGAAGAUUUACUUUCAGCCUCGAAGAUGGGGGGACAAGGACAGUUGGAUUCUCUCCCUUUCUCUGUGGAAGCCGUAGACACUGUUGAAGAAACUCCAUCAAGUAAGAGUGAGAGCGGGGAGGGAUCAAAGCAAGGUGCCCUGUCAUUGCAUGCUUCUGAGCAGGAUGUGAAGAAACCGGAGAAGGAAGAAGAGAAAUUACCUUCAGCUCUGCAGAUGCCUAGCGCCGACACAGUGUUUGAGUCUCCGCAUGUUUACUCAUUUUCUGUUGAGCCUUGCACUCCGACAUCUCCCGAAGCAGAAACAGCUGACUUUUGCCAGGCCACAGCUGAAAUCACAGGCAACCUUUCAACAGCUCAAACAAGCAUUGUGAAUGAAAGCCUGCUCUCUACUUUCCCUUCAAGUCAAAGUGAAAGUCCUGUGCCACUGUCCACUGUGUUUGAUAAAGGGCAGGCUGCCAAAGAUGAACUUUCUUCACAUACCUCAGAACCUGUUACAGAUCCAUUCGACAAAAAUACUACAAGUGCAGCCAAGACAGAUGUCUCUGAAAUUCCCAAAGAUAGUACAAGUGACAGCUAUCAGAGCCAGCUGGUUCAGCCUGAGGUGGAAACCAGUGAUGUGAUGAGUGCUCGGAUACAAGACGAGCCCCCAAGUUCAGUGGCAGGAAGUGAGGUGGCUGCUAAAGAUUCUAGUAAGCACAUUGAGGAUAUUGGUUAUGGACAUUCCAGGUCUGAUGUACCACACACAUUACAUGAAACUGACACCCUGUUGAAAAAGGAAGAAGUUAUGACUAGCAAACCUGGUGACAAUGCAGAGCAACUCAAAGACUUUGCCAGUGAAGAGUACGGCGAUGAUGAUAUUGCUAGUGGAAAGACUACAGGCCAUCUGAAGGAGAACUCUGAUACUGACAAACGAGAAGCAUCACUUGUUAGUAGCAGAGACACAUUUGAAAUACAUGAUAGAAAAGACAUUGUUCCUGAGUCUCCUGUAGAAGAUGUUUUACCAGAACCUAAGACUGAUAUCAAAGAUCUAGAUGAUCAUAAAACUAAACUGGAUGAAGAUAAGUCUGGAAUGUCAACGUAUUUUGAAACAUCUGCCUUGAAAGAAGAAGCAUUGCAAAGUAAUGUGCAAAAAAGCAGUGACUACUAUGAGCUGACUGAUGUCAAAGAACCCUGCUCCACCACACAUACAGCCAAAAGAGAGGAGGAUGAAGAGGAUGAUAACUUAGUACCAAUUGCUGAAGAAAAGGUCAAAGCCUCUGUUCCUGAAGUAGGGUACAGCAUGUUGACCUCAGGAAGAGUUCACUCCAGUGUGGCUUCGGGGGAUCGUCUGUUUACGAUUGAUCCAAAUAUCUAUGCGGAUAAAUCCGAGUUCCUUAGUAAAAAUAAAGAUGAUCUAACCUUAAGUCGCAGUCUAGGGCUUGGGGGUAGAUCUGCCAUUGAGCAGAGAAGUAUGUCCAUAAAUCUCCCGAUGUCUUGUCUUGACUCCAUAGCACUAGGAUUCAGUUAUGCCCGUGCUCAUGAUCUCUCUCCUUUAGCAACUGAUAUUCUGUCUAACACAAGUGGAAGCUUGGAUGACGGAGAUGAGGCUGACUUACCAGCCACCAGCCCAGCUCUAGAAAAAGCCCCUUCAUUUCCAGAAGAAGCAGAGCAUGAAGAAGAGGAGGAGGAGGAGGACAACAAUAAUGAACCAGAGAAAGACAGUGGGAAAGAAAGGUUUGAGUUAGAGCCAUUAUGUGAGUCCCAAUACCAAACUAAAGAGUACUACAAAAAUGGUACAAUUAUGGCACCUGACUUGCCUGAAAUGUUAGAUUUAACUGGAUCACGGGCCAGAUUAGAUUCUGGGAGUGCAGAUUCUGAUGCUGCUAGAAGAAUAUCUGCAACUUCUGAUAUAAUCAUUGAUGAAAGUUAUGUGAUCCAACAUACAUCUAUGAGUGAAGGUAGCAGCCUUCUUGUAAAGACAGAUAGCCAGCAGGAAGAAUUGGGCUAUUGUGUUUUCAAUAAGUACACUGUUCCUUUACCAUCCCCUGUACAAGAUAGUGAAAGUCUAAGUGGUGGAAUGUCUGCCCUUUAUGAAGGGCAUGCUGUAGACCCAUCCAUCAUUGAGGUAAAACUAGCAGCAGCAGAGAAACUUGAAAAAGAAAGACAGGGAUCGAGCAGUGAUUCUGUAUUUACAGGUUGGGAGUCAGAGCAGGAGAAAAAAGUUAGUGAGAGUAAGCUUGACCCUCUGAUAGAAAAAGUUGAGGAACAGGUUGAUUUAAAAGAAACCACAGAGCAGAAACCACAAAUGGAGGAACCUGGUUUGGAAGACACAAAAGAGAGACCCUUCUCAGAGAAGAGAGAUGAAAAAUCCAGUGAUGAAGAUUCUAAGUUUUCUGUACAAGAUGUCAAAGAAGCACUCCCAACAAAACCUGAAGCAUCCCCAGUUUCAACUCCAGAUAUAACCACGGCAGUGACAUUUGAACUUGCAAAGUUAUCUACUGAGGAAACGCUAGAUCAACAAGGGGUUAAUGAACCCACAAAAUGUGAGACACAGUUGCAAAAUGAGUCUCAAAAAGGAAUAGACAUUGGAGCACAAGACACCUUGGCUUCUGACUCCAGUAUGGUCAAAGUAGAUUCUGAUGAAGAUGCUGCCCUCUUAAAGGAUGGCUCCAAGCUUUCUGAAUUGGAUUUGAAAGAAAAGGGUGCAAAGCCUGACUUAGUCCAUCAAGAAGCAGUUGACAAAGAAGAAUCCUAUGAGUCAAGUGGAGAGCCAGAGCAGGUUCAAGAGCAAUCACAGGAAGGGCCCAAGCAUGUAUCCCCUGUCAAUAUACAGAAAACGGUGGCUGAAGAUAAUACUUCACAGAUCACACAUGAGCAAACAGAUGCUGUCGUUAUUCAAACACAGGACACAAACGAAAAAGAGCCAGAGGAAGCACAAAAGGAAAAUGUCAGUGAACUUCAAGAUGAACAAACAGUUGAGGCAGUGCCGAUGGAAGAAAUUGAGCAGAAGAAAGCUCAGCCUGUGGUCGAGGAGUCUGAUGAAGAGGAGCAUGAGGUAGAGUCAACAGAGGAAUGUAGCAAAGACAUAGCACAAGAAACAACACAGCAGAUUGAAGCAGAAGAACUUGGCAAAGAACCAGCGGCAGAGUCCAUGGAAGAAGCCACAGGAAUUAUUGAGUCUGUAGUCACAGUUGAAGAUGAUUUCAUUCAGGUGGUACAAACGACUAUAGAUGAGGGUGAACCAGUGGCUCAAAAUGUUCGUUUUGCACCAUCUCAACUGACUGAAGCAGAAGAGAAGCCUUCAACAGAAGGAGAAGAAGUUGAAGAAGAUGAAGAAGAGGUCAUUGAAGAAGAGUCCAACGAAGAACCAAGAGAAGGGUCACCUUGUAUGCCAGCUUCUCCAGUAAAAGAAGAAACAGAAUACCAGACAGAGACACAGGAUGAUUACAAAGAUGAAACCACAAUUGAUGACUCUGUGUUGGAUACAGACAGCAUCUGGGUGGAUACACAAGAUGAUGACAGGAGCAUCAUGACCGAAGCAAUAGAAGCCAUCCCCAAGGAGGAGCAAGUAGAACGCGAGGUACCGAGGGCUCCCAUUGAAAGACAUAGGAAAGAAAAGCCUUUCAAACCUGGCCGAGGACGUAUGUCCACUCCAGAAAGAAAAAUGACUAAAAAAGAACCUAGUGCAACCUCAAGGGACGAAGUGAGAAGGAAAAAAGCGAUUCUUAAGAAAGCUGAAAUUGGUAAAAAACCUGAUGUUCAGGCCCAUUCUCCCUCCAGAAAAGUUAUUUUAAAACCUGCGGUCAAGCAGUCUAGACCGGCCCCGCUGACCUGUGUGAGGAGGAAGCCGGCAGGGGGAGACUCCCAGCAGACUCCAAGUGCCCAUCGGCAGUCAAGGGACAGAAUUACGGAUGGUGUUGGCCACGUGUCCAAGAGCCCGGAGAAACGUUCCUCCCUGCCUAGGCCGCAGUCCAUCCACCCCACCAGGAAAAUCAUCCCUGUAGACAAGGAAGACCUCUCUUUAUCUGUCAGCUCUUCGGUGUCUUCCUCAGUCAGACGUACCACAAGAUCUGAGCCAAUCUGGAGUCGAACAGGAAAGAGCGGAACAUCUACCCCAACCACUCCUGGAUCUACUGCCAUCACCCCGGGAACACCGCCAAGCUAUGCUUCUCGAACUCCAGGCACCCCAGGGACCCCAAGUUACUCACGCACGCCACGCACUCCGGGAACACCAAAAUCUCUGCUGCUGAGCUCGGAGAAGAAAGUGGCCUUACUUCGCACCCCCCCCAAGUCCCCUGCCACUCUGAAACAAAUGCGUGUAAUGAACCAGCCCUUGCCAGACCUGAAAAACAUCAAAUCCAAGGUCGGAUCCACAGAGAAUAUGAAGUACCAGCCCAAAGGUGGACAGGUUAAGAUCUUAAGUGAGAAGAUUGAUUUUAGUGAUGUUCAGUCUCGUUGUGGCUCCAAGGAUAACAUCACUCAUAAUGCUGGGGGAGGUCAAGUGCAGAUCGUAAGCAAGAAGAUUGACCUUAGUCACAUCACAUCCAAGUGUGGAUCUCUGAAGAACAUCCGCCACCGGCCAGGUGGAGGGCAUGUGAGGAUUGAGAGGGUUAAACUGGACUUCAAGGAGAAAGCUCAGGCAAAGAUUGGCUCUCUAGACAACGCCCACCAUAUCCCUGGUGGUGGCCAUAUCAAGAUAGACCACCAGAAAUUGCACUUCCGAGAGACAGCCAAGGCCCGCGUAGAUCACGGUGCUGAAAUCAUCACGCAAUCUCCAGGUCGCUCCAGCGUCGCCUCUCCGCGGCGCCUCAGCAAUGUCUCCUCAUCUGGAAGCAUCAAUCUGUUAGAAUCCCCGCAGCUUGCUACCCUAGCAGAAGACGUCACUGCAGCCCUGGCCAAACAGGGCUUAUGAAUGUGUGCUACCAUUAGCAGUGUAUGAAGUUAACCUUAAUAAUAAUAAUAAUAUUACUAAUGAAAAUAUUUACGCAUGAGCUCUUGGCAGGAUUUGGGCUCACAGCAGGUGUCAUCGUCAUUGCCUAUCAAACCCUUUUACACAAUAAGAAAAUAUCACAUAAUGCCAAACCUAUACACAUGUAGGUUAUUUCAUUGUACAUCCAUCAAUUCCUGCGUGAUGAUGCCAGAUUCAUCAAUUCUGCCGCUGGCAGAGGGUAGUGACCCUGGAACAACUGUAGGCAGAUAGGUCUGGUCAUGCGUUAUCACAUUCCACGGGGAUUAGAAGACCAAACUUCAUAUCCUACAAUAUUUCCAAAGCAUCACCCAAGUUAUUAUCACUGCUCUCCAUUAGUCUUGCAUGGAGCCCUAAAUACUUGGUGUAAUUUCAACAUGUGCCUGCCAGCCAUCUGAACAAAGUUUGCAUAGGCGCCAUGUCUCGUCACAGCGGCUGCUCAUCUUCCUGUCCUGCUCAGAUAGCGGCCCAGCUCUUUGUUCCAUCCAGUCCCUAAUCCCCAUAGGCUAACAAGCCCACUGAAGCUUUCUCCUGCGCCAGAGGCCGAGGCGCAACGCGUUUAAUGAAGAAGACAAACAUUCACCACUAUCCGACAUUAAAGGCAGAUCUUGUAAAGUUGGUCAUGCCAUUACCAAUGAGAGAAGUGUACCCAAUUUGCCGAGAGAGCUCUUCAAGGAAAAACGUGGGAACAGUGUUGUAGGUUAGCAGCUACCAACAUAAAGCACUUGUUUUAUGAAUAGUACAGUACCUGUAUAUUUGAUGGUCUUGUAGCCAAUAGAACGCCUGCCCUGCUUUGUAAAAUGGUGCAUUGCAGGCCUUCCAAGCAAGCCAAGGCCGGAAAUAGAAAAAAAAAUAGCUUUGUGCAUAGGCAGACAUUUCCAAGCCCUUUUUUUCCACCUGUUUGAUACAGUAUUAUUAAUCUAGAUGUAUAUAUAUUUCUCUGUGGCCAUGUUUUCAUUCACUCUCCCCGAACCUUUUCAUAUACUUGAAAAUUCCAUUUCUUACUCACAGUAUCUGUGUCUAUUGCACCAUUUAGUAAAGCAGUUUUAGGUAGGCAUAAUUUAAUGUUAGGAAAGCUUCUCUUUUUUUCCUAUGUAAAAAAAAGAAAAAAAAGAAAAACAACAAAAAAAUAAAAAUAACAAAAAAGACGACGACGUGUAUUUAAAAAAGAAAGAGAAGAUACUCAGCAACGCUCUUUCGCAUGAAAUUGCUCUUUUUAGGGAUCUGACGAAGCAUUGGCUGUUUUGGGUUUUCCUUUCUACGCUGGAUUGCUUCACAAAAAACAAACAAAAAAAACGCAGUUUUUGUCAAUGACUUUGUUUUUCUCUCGCUUCUCAUUUUGAAAAGGGCUGCCGUGCGAGUUGGUUUUUAACCCCGAGGGUUUCCUGUUUUCUUUUCCAUGUACAAUCAUCCAGUAACAAAGUAUUGUGUGUUUUUCGUUUUCUACUUGCUAAAGUUGAACAUGCAAUUAUGAUUCUGGUAUGGUAUAGAGUGGAACGUUUCUUGGUGAUGGGUUGCAGUUUCACAAGAGAAAGUUUUCUUACAUUUUCAUAUGGUCAGUUUUACCCCCUUUCCAGCUUAUGCUCAGUGCCGAAAUCUGCAGCAGAGGGCUUGUGAGGCUUUGCACAAAUAAAUGUUAUAACCAAACCCACAAUUUAAUCCUUCUAAAAUGUUUUAUAACCCCUUUAGAUUUACACCAACAAAAUAAUGUAAAAAUAUAACUAAAUGCUAAAAAAAAAUGACUAAUGAUAUGCCACUCGAGUGACAGCUAUCCACAAAUAGUAAAACUCAAUGAUGACUUACAUAGGUUGACAGUUUUGGUGAUUACCUACAGUAUUUGGAGAGGCCAUGUGAAGCUCUCGGAAAAGUGGGCUGUGAAAUGUUAUAGAAUAGAAUGACAGUUGGAAGAAGCACGCAAGUAAUGGCUUGCCUGUAUGCUCAAUAGGGUCUGCAGAGACAAACAGAGGGGUAAUAUAUGGUCUUUUUGGGUAAAGGUAAAUUAAAAAGAAAUUGAUGCCAUUGUUUUUUGCUGCUUGGAAAAUACUUAGGUUCUCUAAUAUGUUCAUUUUUCUCUUUCUGAUUUUCUAUAAUUCCAGAGACAAUUUACAAGCCUUUUUUGUAAUUGUUUCUACUUUUAUAAAAAGAGAAUUUAAUAACAAAAUAAUCAUUCUAUGAUACAUUUCCUGAGUCUACCAAUCUCCUGCGGCAUGUUGAGCAGCUACAGUGCUGCUUUGAGCGUCCAAAAGACGGGCAGCUCUACACUUUCUAGAAUCAAUGGCCCCAGUCCCUGAUGUGACAUUACGGGGACGGAGGUAGCACAGGGUGCCAUAAGCCCCAUUCUGGUACUGGUGUAAUAGGAGUCUCAUAUAGCUACACAAAAGGACCUUGCCCAAUUCACGAUCAGCCUGUGGUAUCCCACUUGCCUCCAUCUUCCCAACAUAAUGGCAUGACGCCAAUGACAUACCGUCCUGUCACGCAGUCACGUAAGUAGGUGUGUCACUGCCUUCCAUAAGAUUAGCAGCGUACAGAAAAUUCUGAUGAUGUGAUUGGCUACAGUUCUAUCUCCAUCUGCAUCAAGAAUGAUGACGCCCGGUACUAGGAUACGAAGGAUAAAUACUAUAAGGUGCUUAGAUGCUAGUCAGAUUCACCUUAAAAAGUAAUCUAAUUAUUACGUUAUUUAUAUAGCGCCCACAUAUUCUGUAGUGCUUUAAAGGGAAUAUACCAGUCAUUCCCAGUGGAGCGUACUAUUUAUAUCCCCUAUCACAUGGACACACACUAGGGUUAAUUAUUUGAGUUUUUUGGAAAGUGGGAGGAAACAAAAACAGCCAGAGGAAGCCCACAUAAACUUUUGGAGAGCAUACAAACUCCACACACGUCAGUCAUGACCUCAGCAUUGUGUGGCACUUAUGCUAGCUACUGCACCAACCGUGCUGCCCAAUGAAUUAUAUUGCUGUAAUAAAGCAAUAAUUUGUUACGAUAACAGCCUAAACAUCCAGCAGCAAUGUAAUUUCCAUUGUAUGUGCGGUACACAAUACUAUAAAACCCAUGAAGUCAACAAGGCCAGGAAACCUUGUAGCACUUACUUAGCUGUGUACCUACAAUGAGCUUACCUUGGUGGCUGCGGUAGCUUUUAUAUUUCCACAACUGCCUUAGCUGGUAAGAAGUAAAAGAAAAGUAACUGCAUUAAAUAAAUGUCAUACCACUGACCAAGGCUUGAAGAUGACAUUAUUUGCGUUCAGUCCCUCUCCUACUAGGUGUGCUGCUCCCCUCUUAUGGGCCCUACACACUGGCCGACAUCACUGCACAAUAUGAACGAUCUCGUUCAUUAAUGAACGAGAUAACGUUCAUAUUGUGCAGUGUGGAGGCACCAGCGAUGAACGAUGUGCGGCCCCGCGCUCGUUUAUCGCUGGUGUCCUGUCGGCUGUGCAUGCAGGCCAAUAUGGACGAGAUCGUCCAUAUUUGCCUGCACGUCUACGGAGCCAGGUGACAGGGGGAGUGAAGAAACUUCACUCCCCCCAUCACUGCCCCCCCCCCCCCCGCCGCCGGGUCGCCCGUCGGCCGUAUCGGUGGCCGGGCAGCUCGGCGGCACUCCUUCCCUCACCAAAGAGACUAUUUUGGUGCACUGCACCCUCCCCAAAAUGAAGAACACUAGUGUGGCCUCAAGCCUAAUGAUGCCUUGUCCUCUGGUGAGUGUACCCUAUUCACAGGUGAAUACCAGUACACAGUUCUGACGCUGUCUUUAUCUCCAGGCUACAGAUUAUCAACCUAUCCACAGCAAACCAGCUCCAAAAGAAGUAGGACAGGUAGGCAAGGCCACUAAUAUUUGUAGUGCUCAUCUUGCUUUUGUAAAUGUUUUCUUUUAUAUAUUAUAAUGGGUGGUCUUCAGUAUGCCGACUGUCGGGAUCCCGGCGCACAGUAUACCGGCGCCGGAAUCCCGACAGCCGGCAUACCGACAUUUCUUCUCCCUCGUGGGGGUCCACGACCCCCUGGAGGGAGAAUAAAAUACGCGCCACCGUGCCCGCAGCGAGCCCGCAAGGGGCUCAUUUGCGCUCGCCACGCUGUUGGGAUGCCGGCGGUCGGGCUCCCGGCGUCGGUAUGCUGGUCGCCGGGAGGCCGGCCGCCGGCAUCCCAUACUACACCCAUUAUAAUGGUGUGAAACGCCGAAAAUAUUUUGGCGUGCAAUGUUGAACGUUGAGCACCCAAAGAGAAUAAUGUUGCCUACCCCUGAUUUGGUAAAAAUAGUAGCUGACAGAAUAAAAAGCAUUUACAGGGUACAGUGAGGAGUCACACUUGGAAUUUGCAGCCCGCAGUAUUUAUAUAUAUAUAAAUAUAUAUAUAUACCCCCUACCUGAUUUUAUCUAAUCUAAUGUUUCCUAUUUGUCACUUCUUAGUUUUUGGAUGAUUUUAUCUGUGACAAAUCUGUGAAUUAUCUAAAGGCUUGGGGCUGAUUUAUUUUUAAUUUUCGGUCAAAGAAUAGAUUUCUUUGCAACUAAAAAAAAAUGACUGGAACCCUACUGUUUUGGGUGAUGGAUAACAGCUCCCCAGGGCUGUAACUUGUGGAGCUGAACGCUCCGGCCAGUGCUCACUACUUCCCAGAGCCAGUGGCCCCACCCAAUAGGUGUAACGCUGCAACGUCUUGCGUUUAGGGGGCAGGGCCGGCACUAGGCGGACAACAGAUUAUGCUAGUGUUAGUAUUAAUAUCCUGUAUUUUACUGAAUACUGAAUAGUAUCAAGCAGUGUUAAAUCUUGAUACACACAGGAACAGAUAUGACCCGCACAUAACACAAUUCAUCCUAUCAUGUUGCACAGCUAUAAUCUACAUGACAUAAUCUGUGUACCAUUUAAACUCAACAGGCUACCAAACUGCUCCUGGCUGUGUUGGUUACACAAAUGAAACCUGCUAAACUUUGUUUAAGAUAAUCAGUAUAUAACUUUUUAAUCAACUAACACACAAUAAAGUCAUUACAGCGCAAUGGUUAGGAUAAUGAAAUUAAAUAAACAUUUCAGGGGUGACUUUUUUAAACCGUUUGUUCCAAUCUCUUGGAAAACAUUACUCCGGAAUAGUUACAUUUUAGCUUCAAUAUUCGGGUCGUUUUAGGCAAAUGAAGCAGUGCUUUAUUAAUUAAUUUAUAUUUGUGGCCAUUUGUACUUAUUUUUUCUAGUAUAAUUUAUUGUAGAACGCGUAUCUGUAAAAACCUGCGGACAGUGAUGUCUGCUGUAUUUUGUAUGCUGGACAUGUUAUGUACAAAGAUUUGUUGCACCAAAUAUAAGAGGGGGCUUCAGUAUAGACAGAAUACCUAUCACAGGUAGACUCGUUAGAUUUAAUAAAUGCUGGGUUCUAAUCGCUUUCUGUUUUAAAUACAUUUUUAAGAAUGCAAGAUCAGUUUGACAGUGCAGACUUGAAAGAUCGAUUAAUCCAGCAUAUAAAAUAUAGAAGCACUCCUCUUUUAUCUGGCUAGUACAUGUUCAGAGUAUUUAACCCAGCAUGGUGUCAAAGCCUUUCCAAACCCCUGAAUCCAUCCGUCAAUUUGCUGGAUAGUCCAUUUCCCUCUUCAGCAUACUUGUGUUUAUUAAUGAAAAGUAGAAAGUACGUUAACUGUUCAAAAAGUUCAACUUUAGCAAUGGAAAAGAAAAUGGAGGGCAUUACUUCUGUGCUGGACGGUGAGGCGUGCGAACCUAAGCCUGUACACAUAGGGAGGUGUCUAUUGAAUGGAUGGUGGUAGUUAGUUCAUGUUUUUCAAUCCAAUUUGCAAUUGUAUUUGUUGCUGUAUAGUGAUUGUUUUGCAAAAUAAAACCGCUUGUCAUGGUC